UUUCAAGUUUGGUGCAUCGGAUGCAACGAGGUCUCGCCCACUACGCCCUAAAGCGCUGCUAGAAGUGCAGUGUUUUUGCGGAACUGUAGACGCAUUCUGCUGCCGAACAAGCAGCAAAAGGACCCGGAACGUAAACUGACCCAUUCCGAGUCUUCCUUGCAGUGACCGACUGUCAAUUGGAUCGUACCGUCUCGCUCCAACGUCGCAGUGUCGCGCGAGUGCAUCAAGGAAAACACAAACACCCUUUUCUCGUCGCCCCCGAGAGGGCAGAAAAAAUCAACGGAGGCCCCGAGUUUGGUGGAAAGGAGUGGCAAAAAUAGGGCGUCAAAGACCCGGACAACCGGCGACCGGAAGCAUCGCAGCACAACGGCCCCUGAAACGGCGCUCCGGAUAAAGCAGAAUGAGUUCUCUGUUUGCUCGUGUGUUCCGCCAGGCGCGCGUUACCUUUGAGCAGACGGCCAUAAGCGACCCAAAGUUUGCUGGCCACCUGCAAACGCUGCGCCGCCUGCUAGACCAGCUGACGCUGGCCGAUCUCGGUCUCGACCCAUCGCUAGUGGCAACCGAAACGUUCCAGCAGCCAACCAAAGCUCCGUGCACCUUCGUGGACGUGUUCCAAAACGACUGGUUUGCGAUUUCGGUGUUUGUGUUGCGCGAGAACUACACCAUGCCGCUGCACGACCAUCCGCGUAUGUACGGCUUGCUGCGAGUCGUUUCCGGUGCGGUCCAGAUCUGCAGCUUCACCGAACUGGCCCGCCGGGACAUGGUGGUCACCGGUGUCGGUGGUAGCACCGGUGACGCGGCGACCCUGCGCCGUCACGUGCUGGUAGCGGCGGAGCCGGAAAAGAUCAUCAGCUCCUCGGUCGGCGACUGUGCGAUGCUGACGCCGAGCGAACGGAACUUUCACGAAAUCACCGCUAUCGGUGGGCCGGCAGCCUUCUUCGAUAUCCUCAGCCCCCCGUACAACACCAGCUUGCCGCAGCACAUUUCAUUCUACCGCAAGGUGCCGGUACCGCGGCAUCUGGCCGAACUGGAACUGGGCAGCCCGGGCGAAGAGAAACCGCUCGCCCCGCAACCGGAUGACGAUCGGCCACGGUACGUGCUGGAGACGAUUCCGAUCCCGGAAAACUACUACUGUGAUACGGAGCAAUACGUUGCGCCCGAGUUUCUGCUGCACGGCGCGGACGAAAGCGAUGCGGAUGUGCACAAGUAAUCCAACGACAACGGAUUAGGAACGGAUUGUCGCGCAUUUACUUCGAUCGUUACGUGUUGGCUUACGAUCUUUCCCCCUCUUGCGUUUGCGAUGUUCGGGGCAGGUUUGAUUUUAUGUUAAUACUGUCCCCCCCACGCCGUGUUCCAUCCCUUGCGGUGGACUGUGCCGCACCGCAAGCACCGUUGUUUAGAACCGCAAGACCAUGAUGUUCAAUAAACAAAAAACACAACA